GCACUGCUGUGGCGCAAUUCAGGAAGAACAACACCAUGAGCAGCCUGCCUUAUCAGAGGUUUCCUCUGCUUGCCUCAGUUUUUAAACUCGGAAUUUUUGUUUUCAAAUGAUCCUUUCAGGCACAGUCAUAAUUAAAUGGAGGAGAGUUCUACAAUAGGAAUGCAGAACAACAUGGACCUUGACAAAUGGACAGAAGAUGAUGUUGGCUCCUGGCUAAAGCAUAUUGGAAUUAAAGAGCUCUAUAUAAAUAAACUUAAGGAUGAGGAGGUUACUGGACCAGUCCUUGCCAGUCUAUGUGAUAACUUUCUCAGAAAGAAUAUCGGAAUGAAAAGUGGCCAAAUUCAGCAUCUGCUUAGUAAAAGAGACCAGCUACUAAAAGCUCCACAGCAAAAAGAAACAGGGCUUAAUGCAAAUGACAAAGAGAUACAGAAAGACCACACUACAGAACAAAGCCUUGAUUGUGAGUCCCAGGCACAGCAGCAAAAUGUUCCCUUACAAAGCAGUGAAUAUAUAGACACAUUGACUUGGAGUGAAUACUGUGAAUUUGAUAAUGAUGGAAAAGACUUCAGAUAUAUCAAACACAGUCUACUUGCACCUGAGACAGGAACUGAAAAUCUGUUGGUGCCAUGCCAUGAAUACAAAUCACUUGAAAUAGCUCAAAAACUGGACUCAAAAAGGCUCCAAGUAAAAGUUGCAAGUGAGGUUUUGAGAUUUGCCUGUGCUUGCAUGAACAUGAGAUCCAAUGGAACCAUUCAUUUUGGUGUUAUGGAUAAAGUGAAAGGUUCUUACAAGCACGGCGAAAUUGUUGGAAUAGAAGUCAGAAACCGUGAGGACUUUGUGGAUGCAUUAGAUUAUAUUGAAAAAUGUUUCAAGGAUUCAAGUGAACAAUGUGAUGCUAGAAAAUGCAUAAGAAACCCAAGGUUCAUCGAAGUUAUAGAAAAGGAAACUACAGGGAAAACAUAUGUGGUUGAAUAUGAUGUUGUUCCAGAAGUCAGCAUUGUAAAAGAUAAAUUUUACUCAGUUGGUGUCCCAAAAUUUCAUGAAAAAGAUAAAAAAAUUAAGCUUGAAAUCAAAGUUCCCUAUUGUAGAGUUGGGGCAAACACACCUCAAAUUUCCACAGACAACUUUGUUUCUUUCAUUCAAAGCCUUACAAAAAAAGACCAGCAGAGAGAGGAAGCUGAGUGCACGAAACACCCCACAACUUUUGAAUAUAAAGAGGAUCAGAGAAGAAAGCUUUCAAUCCUUUUAACAUCUGGAAGGAAGCACAUGGACAAUUCUUUGUACUACAUAAUUGUAACCAACAAGUUUCACCCCCAACACCUAGAACACAUAGCCUUUCUGGUUAACAUGAACACCGUUUGUGUUUUUGAUUUUGACCCUGAUUCUUUAGAAACAGGUUUAUGUGCAGCAUUUAGAAAACAGAAAGCUGUGACUCCCCACUUUCUUCAUGAUUAUUUAAAUGAGGAACAAUCUAAUUUGUUAGAUUUUUCUAACAAAUUGGGCCUUUUUGAAAAAGUCAGCUGGAUUUUCUGCAAUGGUAGAAAUGACUUUCAUAAAAAAGAGAAACCAUGUGAUGAGAAAACAUGGAUUAAGACGAAAAAAAAGAAAUUGAAAAAAGCUGUGUCAUUUAUCUGUAAUGAACUUUUACCACGGAGAUCUUUUAUAGUGCUCUUCAUGUUGAUGUCUGAUGUUCAACAGCCACUUGUUGAGACUUUUUCUGAAUUUUAUGAGGAAAUGAAUGGACAUGAAUCUCUAGUGGUAUUAUCUGAGUCAAAGGAAAACUACAAAAAAUGGUCAAGUCUGGCUCAGAUUUGUUGUGAGAUUUCUACACUCAACGAGAUCGCUGUCACUGGAAUGCCUCUCAGCCACAUGAAUGCCACUGUUCAAAGCAUCCAACUUUCAAAAAACCAAACCACCAGGACAUUACCUGUCUCUAAUGGUGGGGUUUGCUAUCUAAAGUCGACUGAUGAAGCAAUGCUUCAUUCUUUAGAAAUUAUCAGUGUUGACCAGUGUGAGAACACUGAUCUGGACAUCAUGGACCAAAAUGAAAUUAACGCAACAGAGAAUCGUUUCUAUCAUGGUGGUAAAAUUGACUGGAUAAACUUUUGGCUUUCUGACAAACACAAGUGUGGAAAUAUCAUUAAAAGAGAUGCUUUUCAUGAAGCAAACAGCAUGCUGGAGAAGAUAAUAUCUCCCAAGCCCUCACGCCCAAUUGAGAAUGUGAACAUAUACCAUCAACCUGGCAGUGGAGGAAGUACAGUGGCAAGACAACUCCUCUGGAGCUGGAAGAAUAAAGUACGGUGUGCGGUUGUGAAGCAAUGUAAGGAAAUCACCACUGUGUCUGAACAUGCAGUGAAACUAAGAGAAUACGAAGAAAGAGACCAAAACAACUGUUUCCCUGUGCUCUUGCUCUUAGAAGACCAAAAAACAGAGGACAUAGAUAAUCUCAGACGGGAACUCAGAAAUAACAUUACAUCAAAAAACAUAACUUCUUCAGCCCUGUGCUUCAUUCUGCUCAUUUGCAACAGAACCAAUGAUCCAGAGAGAGCUUGUAGAAUGUUACCAUCUCAAAAUGUGGCCAUCACUCAUAAACUGUCACAAAAUGAAAAGCCAAUGUUCUCCAAGAAACAUAAAGAACUGGAGGAUCAGUUGGAAUUGCCACACCCAGAUUACAUCCUUACAUUUGUGCUGAUGAGUAAAGGGUUUGACAAAGAUUACAUUGUUCAUUUUGUUAGAAAUACACUUUCUCUAAUUGAUCGUUCUUCAUCAGUCACUCACCUUAUCAGAUUUGUUGCUCUAUUGAACAGCUAUGUGGAAAGUUCCUACCUGUCUAUGUCACAUUGUGAGGCCUAUAUGGGGAUUGUAUCUUACAUACCUAACAUGCAGUACCAUGCAUUUGUAGAUGCACUCAGUGAGGAAGCUAAAUUACUUUUUGUAGAUCUCAGAGACAAUACAACACACUUUUCGUCCAUACGUAUUAUCCAUAAACUGGUGGCUGAAGAACUUUUGAAGCAGCUGUCCAAGGACCUACCACAAAGUGCUAUAGCAAAAGCCCUCAUCCAAAACAAUGUACUGAUCAAUCACAGGUUUGGUAGGGAUGAGUUCCUAAAGUUCAUUAAAGCCUUAGUCAUCAGACGAAAUAAAAAGAGCAGAGGAGAUUCUGAAGAUACUGCUUUUUCACCUCUCACUGAGCACAUCACAAUAACAGAGGGGCUACAGAAAGCCAUUGAGCUGCUGACAAAUGCUUAUAACUCUUUGGGAAAAGAUGGCAUUGUGGCACAACAGCUUGCCCGUUUGCUUUACACAAACCAGAAGUUUGAGGAGGCCCUCGAAUGGGCUGAGAAAGCAAAGUCUUUUCUUCCAUCUGAUACGUUUGUUCUUGACACAUUGGGACAAGUUUACAAGCGAUGGUUUUAUCACUUGUUUGACAGUGUUGAAGAGGAACUCCUCUCUCCCGAGAGAGGAGUUGAAAUCAUAAGCACUGCACUUAAAGCAAUUUCUGCUUUCAGAGACUCUGAAAAGACCCCCAAAAAAGACACUGUGAGUCUUAACAGCUCAUAUUUUGGGGAAGUGGAUGUGGGCUGCAGAUUGUUAAAAUUCCUAACAAAAGUUGAUAUUUUUGCAAUCACAACAGGUAAAUCACUGCUGUUGAACUAUCUACUAACAGAGUACAUCCCAGAAACAGUCAAAAAACCCUGGCAGAAGUUUCAUUCACUGUUAAAAGGAUUACAGAAGGGUUUGUUGAAUGCACUUGAACGCAUUUCAGAAGAUCUGUGUUACUUUCAAACUGACUUUAGUGAGGAAGAUGUGGAGCUUGAUGCAAGUGAUCUUGAACAGUUAUACAGACCACGAGAGUGGCUCACUAGGAAAAGUAAAGUUUAUGCUGAGUUUUUUUGCAAACAGCUGGAUGACAACAAUGUCCAUACUGACAGUGCUACUGCUGUACCCUCUCCCCCUCAAAACUCUCAAUUUCAAAGACAGAUGAUGACUUACAAACUUGGAGGUGGAAAUGUGACAUCAAUCAUGUCCUUAAUCUAUAACAAAGAUACAAAGGCAUCUGGAGACAAACUGGAGAGAAUACUUGACAUGUACCAUCCGUUGCAAGACCUUGAUCCAGAGGAAGUUGGACAUUUUAUCUAUUGCCAAAUUGCUCUUAACUGUAUCAAGCCAGGAUCCUCAAAGCUUCAGACUCACAAGCAUCUUCAAGAUCUUUACAAGUGGUCUUUUAAGAAAGGAAAGUUUCAUUUAUCAAUAAAUGGUCUCUACCUUGCCACCCUUCUCUUCUGGCCUGAAACAGACAGCGAACUCAAUCCCUUCGAUAGUAAGAUCCUGUUAACAGCUAUUGAUCAUCUCCAAAAAUACACAGAAGAAAAAAUACAAAGGAAACGCAGAACUGUGGACCAUUUCUACUUUGGAAAGGCUAAGGGCCUUAAUAAGAUAGUUCACAAAAGUGUGAUUGAAAAACAAACUGGAAGUUCUGAGAGAAAAGAAAAAUGGUUGGGAGGGGAAGUUUGGAAAACACCCACAGUAACGAAGUUGUUGAAGCGCUUUGAUGGAUGGACUGAAAAUGGAAGGUUAUUUGUCAAGUGUGGCGAUAAAGAGAUCAGGGUAUCUCCUAGAUAUUCUGCCUCCAUGCCUCUUGGCUAUGAGAACGUAACAUUUUAUUUGGGCUUCUCAUUUGGUGGAGUUGUUGCUUCUGACAUUCAAGUUAAGGAGUAAAAGCAAUAAGAUUUUAUAUACUCAAAAUAUGCAACAGUUCUCAGCAUUUUCACACCAGCAACAUCUUUUGAUUACACCCAAGCUGUUCUAUAGAGGUUAGGUGACAGAACUAUGGGCAACAUAACUGACAAAAUGUGUUUCUUAUAUUUUGUGUGUGUGCGUGUGUGUGUGUGUAUGUGUGCAGUGUCCAUUUGGUUUAGCUGUUGACUGGUUUUCUACUGUUGACUUGACAAACUAAAUAUUUAGAUUUCUAGACUUUUAUAUUUGGUAUUGCACUAGCAGCUCUUUCACAUUUUUAAUAUGUUCUGAGCUUUAGAAAAGGUCAUUACUGACACUUACACUAAGAAUGUUGCCAAUCAUUCUAAAAAUUUGGCAUGUUGUGAUUUCAUAACUAUGGACUCCAGUGCAGGUCCCAGUCUAGCCUAAAUCAGAGUUAACCACAGUGUCAAACCAGUCAGAUGUCCUGAGAUUAAAGCAAAAGGUAAAGGCUGAAACGGAAUUUGAUAUGCCUAUUUCUUUUUAUUAUUAUUGUUAUUAUUGUGUCAUGGAUGAAAACAUGCAUGUAACAUUUUUGAAAAAUACUGUUGUCUCUGACUGUUAAAAUUUGUGAAACGGCUACUCUGUUGGGCGAUUAACCUAUUAAAAUAUUCACAAAGUUCCA